GCCAUCUUGUUUUCUCGCACGUUUCAUCUUUCUUUAUCAUAUUUUGCUCGAAAACGCGUUCGCGAAUCAGUCGAGACAGUUGGAAUUCGUACAGAAUGCUACUCCAAUGAAUGGUAUGGUUUUAUGAAACCUUAACAUGUCCAGCUCUGCAUCCGGACAGACACAAAAAUCCUAUGGGAUUACUUCCCCGAUAUCCUUGGCGGGACCCAAGCCCGGGGACAUAACACUUACUAAGGCACUUGAAGAAUCUCUCAAACCUUAUGGAGUCUUUGAGUCUGAGGAAGAGCUUCAACACAGGAUAGUUGUCCUUGGAAAACUUAACACUUUGGUUAAACAAUGGAUCAUUGAUACUAGUCUAGCCAAGAACAUGCCAGAAUCUGUAGCUAAUUCAGUUGGAGGAAAGAUCUUCACCUUUGGUUCAUACAGACUUGGUGUUCACACAAAAGGUGCUGAUAUUGACACCCUCCUUGUUGCUCCUCGUCAUAUUGACCGAUCUGACUUCUUUGGGACAUUUUAUGAGAUUCUCAAAAAUAAUGAGGAUGUGAAAGAACUAAGGGCUGUUGAAAAUGCCUUUGUUCCAGUCAUCAAAUUGGUGUUUUGUAACAUAGAGAUGGACCUGUUGUUUGCCCGACUAGCACUGCCUGAGGUGCCAGAUGAUCUAAGUCUACUGGAUGAGAGCCUACUGAAAAACUUGGAUCCCAAGUGUGUCAGAAGUUUAAAUGGUUGUCGUGUCACAGAUGAAAUCCUACACUUAGUUCCCAAUAUAGAAAACUUUCGGCUUACUUUAAGAGCAGUGAAACUGUGGGCAAAAAACCGUGGAAUUUACUCCAAUGUAUUAGGUUUUCUUGGUGGUGUGUCUUGGGCUAUGUUAGUUGCUCGCACAUGUCAGUUGUAUCCAAAUGCUGUGGCAGCAACACUUCUUCAAAAAUUCUUUCUUGUGUUUUCAAAAUGGGACUGGCCAAAUCCAGUUUUGUUAAAGAAUAUCACUCAGCCUGCUGAAAAACUAGGCUUAAAUUUUCCUGUUUGGGAUCCAAGGUACAAUCCAGCUGAUCGAUAUCACCUUAUGCCUAUCAUAACUCCAGCUUUUCCACAGCAGAAUUCCACUUUUAAUGUCUCAAUGUCAACACGAUCCAUCAUGAAUGAAGAAUUUGAAAUUGGCCUUACAAUCACAAGUGAUGUUUUAAUUGGCAAGUCAACAUGGGAUGCAUUGUUUCAACCACCCAACUUCUUUAGCAAAUACAAACAUUAUAUUGUGUUAAGUGCCAUAUCCAACUCUGAAGAGGAUCACUUAGAAUGGAUUGGCUUAGUAGAGUCCAAGGUCAGAAUACUUGUGUCAAACCUGGAAAAUACCCAGUUUGUGACACUUGCUCAUGUGAAGCCCAAAUCAUUUGCCCCACUGGAACCAGACAAAGCGUCUCCCACCAACAGGUGGUUUAUAGGAUUACAGUUUGAAAAAAAGGAAAAUGUAAAUGUAGAUUUGACAGGAGCAAUUCAGAUGUUUACAAAUACUGUCCACACCCAGGCAGUGACAGCCAAAAUGUUCAAAGAGGGUAUGCGAAUAGAGGCUAUACACGUCAAAAAGAAGCAACUCAGUAAAUAUUUACCACCAAGUGUGCUUAAACAGAAGAAAAAAAGCUCCAUAGUACAACCAGGUUCAGCGACUUCUGGGGGGAAGUCAGCUAAAGGUGACGUGUCUCUAGAUUCGACACUUAAUGCCAGUGAUGCGAGUUUGGAGAUCACUUCAGAGCCCAGCAAUGAUAGUGUGGAGUUGACGGGAAGCAGUGAAAACAGCGAAGAAGCAAGUGUAGCCACGGUCAGUAGCUCAGACGACAAAAAGGUGAACCCAGACUCCACGGUUUCCUCUGUCUCCACUGUUGGUGAAGUGACGUCAUCAGAUACAACUUCUGUCACUAGUCAGCCAUCGGCGGCUUCACCAGACAAGCCUGCUGGGUUAAAGCGUGCUGGAUCUCCUUCAGAAGACGAAAAGGGCAGCAAGAAACGUCGAGUGGAUGAUGCCGAAAUCACGACGACCAGUUCCGUGAAUUCACUCAACGGCAAUGACGGGAGGAAACGGCCAAAUUCUAACCUUAUCGACGGUGAAAGUCCACAUGAGAAGAAGAAAGAUAGUGCGGAUCUUGACAGCGUUGAUGCGAAUACACAGAUGAGGGAAGGUGACGUGAAGGGAUCAACGAAGACUGAAAACUGUGCUAAAACAGGAGACAACAAACCUGAAAAUCUGACCGAUAGUAACAACCCAGUGGAAUCGAAGGAUGGAGUGUCGGCGGCGGUUAAACGAUCGAUAUCUCCUACCAACGAGGAAAAACACUCGGAGAAGAAACUCAAAUCUGCUAACGAGGAUCUUGAAAAGGAACUCACCGACGAAGGACCUCCGCCUGCUGGCCAAAUACCAGUUGUUAAAAAUGCCAUCAAAAUAAAACUCAAGUAAACGGUUUUACUACAUAUUUACGGUAAGAAGGAAGAAACGAUUUUCAAAGUCGUGCUACUUCAGGUAGAGAGUACAAAACGUGUUUCUGAAUCACACUUACUUUUAACAAGUUAUCCACCACAUGACCGGUCAUGUGACCUGUUGUGAUACACUAGACAUGUGUUUUGUGUGAUAAUUAUUCGCAGUUUUUCCUUUGAUAUACGCCGUUAUCGUCACGUGUUGCAUUCAUCUUGCACACGGUCUUGUUUGACCUGGGCCAACAACCAUGUAAUAUUUUUGUGAGCUUGUACAGGAAAAGUUAAUAUUAAAAUGUAUAUUUUGA